AUGCUCGCCGCGCGCCUCGCCGCGCGCCCGCUCCUGCGCCUGCGCCGGCUGCCGCUGGCCGCUUCGUACUCGGCCGUGCCCGACGAGCCCUGGGCCGCGCCCAAGGAGCCCUGCGAGCUGCGCUCCCGCUACGACGCGCUCGUCCAGGAGGGCCGCGACGACGAGCACGACGCCGCCUGGGAUCGCCUGCGUCCGGAGGGCGUCGCGGCCGCGGUCGCGCGCGCGCGCUACGACGUCGCGGAGACGCUCACCGGCGACAAGGCCUGCGAGGCCGCGGGCCUCGACGCGCUCGGCAUCACGCGGCCGACGACGGUCUUCCGCAACCUGACCUUCGAGGAGCUCCGGACCCACGAGCUCGCCAACGGCGAGGGCGUCCUCGCGCGCGCGGCCUACGGGGACACGUUCGCCGUGGACACGGGCGAGUUCACGGGCCGGUCGCCGGGCGACAAGUGGACCGUGCGGCGCGCCGGCUCCGAGUCGGAGAAGCACCUCUGGUGGGGCCCCGUGAACAAGCCCAUGCGGCCCGAGGUCUUCGACGAGCUCCUCGCGGGGGCCGUCGACUACUUCGACGGCCUCGACAAAGUCUACGUCGCGGACCUGCACUGCGGCGCGAGCGCGGGCUCGCGCAUCAACGUCCGCUUCGUGCACGAGCUCGCGUGGCAGCAGCACUUCGUGACGAACAUGUUCAUCCGGCCCGAGUCGCUCGCGGGCUUCCUGCCGACGGACGAGCGCGUGGACUUCACGAUCGUCAACGCGUGCGCGCUGCGGAACGAGCGCUGGGAGGCGCACGGCCUGAACAGCGACGUCGCCGUCGCCUUCGACCUCGAGCGGAAGCUCGCGGUCAUCUACGGCACCUACUACGGCGGCGAGAACAAGAAGGGCAUCUUCUCGCUCAUGAACUACCUGCUCCCGCUCCGGGGCAUCCUCUCGAUGCACUGCUCGGCGAACGUCGGCGAGUCCGGCGACGUCGCGCUCUUCUUCGGCCUCAGCGGCACGGGCAAGACGACGCUCUCCGCGGACCCGAAGCGCGCGCUCAUCGGCGACGACGAGCACGGCUGGGACGACGCGGGCGUCUUCAACUUCGAGGGCGGCUGCCAGUGCGGCUGCUACGCCAAGACCGCGGACCUGCAGGAGUCGUCGGAGCCCGACAUCUUCAAAGCGAUCCGCGCGGACGCCAUGCUCGAGAACGUCGCGCUCGACCCCGAAAGCGGCGCGCCGGACUACUCGGAUCUGUCCAAGACGCCCAACGGCCGCGUGUCGUACCCGAUCCACCACAUCCGGACGUUCCACCGGCCGCAGGCCGCGGGCCACCCGGAGACCGUGGUCUUCCUCACCUGCGACGCCUUCGGCGUCCUGCCGCCCGUGUCGCGCCUGAGCGAGGGCCAGGCCAUGUACCACUUCCUCUCCGGCUACACGGCCAAGGUCGCCGGCACGGAGCGCGGCGUCGCCGAGCCGACGGCGACGUUCUCCGCGUGCUUCGGCGCGGCCUUCCUCACGCUCCACCCGACGGUCUACGCGGACCUGCUCCGCGACAAGCUCCGGCGCCACGGCGCGACGGCCUACCUCGUCAACACGGGCUGGGCCGGCGGCGGCUACGGCGUCGGCGAGCGCAUGGCCAUCGACGUCACGCGCGCGUGCGUCGACGCGGUCCUCGACGGGUCCAUCCAAAACGCGGACUUCGCGACGACGCCCGUCUUCGGCCUCGACGUGCCGACGGCGCUCCCGGGCGUCGACGCGGCGCUCCUGGACCCGCGGCGCUCGUGGGCGGACCCCGCGGCGUACGACGCGGCGCUCGAGAAGCUCGGCCGCCUCUACCGCAUCAACUUCGAGCAGUACGACUCCCCCGACGUCGCGGCCCACGGGCCCGAUGUCUCCCUCACGGCCGACGAGCGCGCCGAGGUCGCCUACCUCGUCGCCAGCGAGAAGUAG